AUGCAUUCAAUUAGUUCAAUUAGUCAAGUACUUGAAGAGAAUGAUACAUCAGGUGCUCUUAUAGAGAUAUCAGAAGAGACAGUUCAUACCGCUGAUGUUUCAGUCAAAUUAGAAAGUAUUAAUCAAGAUUUAGUUACAGUCUCUCCCGAUGGAAAUGAAGCUGAAGAAGAAAUUCCAAAACCGAAAGUUCUGAUAAUUCCAUACAUGCCAGGAAAACCAAAUGCCGGUUGGUAUAUGGAGUUUAGAAAUAAUAAACAAUUCUGGGAACUGUUAAUGACUAACUGGAAAACUAGAGUUUUUGUUUCAAAAAUUGCCAGAAAGGACUAUUAUUCAUGUAAAUGGUUUAAGACCACCAAAGCCAUUCGUGAAAGGCAUCAAAUGGGUUAUGCACUUCCAUUGUUUGCAACAACUCAACCUUGGAUUUCAUUUAAUCAAUUCUUCACCGUACAUAAAUAUUUUGUGAAUGAAGCUACCUUCUUACAACAUGGAUUCAGAGAAAAGAAAGAUCAAUUUGUAUUUUGCAAAGUUAGGUGGUAUUUACGCUUGGGUUAUAUUACUUAUGUCUUAAGCUUUAGUCCAGAUCCAGAUGAUAUUACCAAAAAUUUUGAAAUCACUAUGUACAAGGUAGGUUAUAAUUUUGACUAUGAAUAUAAUAAAAUUUUCUACAGAUGGUCAAAAAGUGUGGGAAUAAACUAUAGGUAUUAUCUAACUAAGUUAAAAGAUAAUGAAAAAUCAUUGGCACAUAUUUAUGACAAAAUCAACCAUAAUAUCGAUAUUCCUGAAGUCAUCGAAAAUCCAUCAACUGAACAAGUUCAUCAGAAAACUCUUGACUUCAUCUGCAAACAGGUAAUUUUCAAAGCCCCUCCCGAAGCUAUUGGCUACUUAGAUGACGCCUAUCGGUAUGGUGACGAAAAUGCAAUCUUAAACAUCCAUGCGGACAAAUUCAGUUGCAACAUUGAUCGUCAAAGUAUAUUCUCAGUCGAUUUAGAAAUUAGUGUUCAUGUAUGUACUUCUCUUGUUCUUAAAAAGAUAGAGGAAUUUAUUGGCGCCGAUAGAGCAAGAGAAAGAAGAGAGUACAGUCCUCAUCGUUAA